UUUCGAAGUUGGCUUUCGUUCAAAAUUUCAUCUGCAAAUAUUUUCACAUUUUUGACAGAAACAACGGUGAAAAGCGUUGUGAAUCCGUGCAAAGUGCCUUUGGAAAUGUGUUUUACAAGAAAAUUGUAAAAUAUUUUACCGAAAUCUGUUGGUUAGUGCGAUUUUAGUGGGUUGGAAAAUUUAUGCUAAUGCAGAGGAGGUCAAUGUGACGUCACACAAGUUUAAUUUCAUGGCGGUUUGAUAUUCCUUUCCAAGUUUUCCUCCCCCAAGCAAUGCCCACUCCACCAUGUCCUCCAAGCUACCAACGCGCAAAAACAUCGAACCCCUGUUCCGCAUCGUCUCCGACCUGGACAAACCCUCGAACCGGUCCUCCUCACCGCCAACAAAUGACCAAACCUACGAAGAUGCCUCCCAUCCCGAAACAACGCCCGAUCGCGUCCGGUUCCGGCGCGUUCGCCACCAACGCAACGGUCAACUUCCAGGUCCGGCGCGAACCUACGUCGGAACGGUGGUGAGCCGAAGCGCAAGCGCCGACGAUCUGAUGGCAGGCAACCCAAAGUCACGCCCGGAACGGAAACCAAACUCCGAUCACUUGGUUCGGGCAAAGGACGCCCAGAUCGCCAAGUUGGUCGAGAAGAUCUCGAAGCUGUUCGAGUGCAACGGGCAGUUUGCGACGGAGAACGAGAAGCUGCAGAAGGAGUUCCAGCGGGUUCAGGAGAAAAUUAAGGAGUUGGAAUCUAAGAAGAAGGGCUGCGAGAGUUGUGGGUUGUUUGAGAAUGAGCGGGAGUUGCUGGUGAAGGAGAAUGGCGAUCUGAAGAAUGACGUAAAGAUGAUGAAGAUUCUGGUGUAUCGAUUGAACGUGCAGGUCGAACGGUAUCAGGAUGUGAUUCGGGACGGGAAAGAUUCGACCUCAAAGGAAAUGCCUCGGAUAGACUUUGUGGACAGUUCGUACGGUGGCGUGAAGGACAAUCUGAACUGGGGACCGGUGAACUCGCACACACUGGGACCGCUGCUGAACGCUUACGAGGAGACGAUAGCCGAGAAGAACGAUCUGGUGCAGCAGUACGAGCGGGAGUUUAUCAACUUCACCGGGAAGCUGAAGUCGGUGCUGGAGGAAAACGAACGACUCCACAAGGACAUUGAGGAGAUCAAGAGCACGCAGAGCAACUGGUUCUCGGAGCGGGCUCGGCUGCAAGCGCAGGUGGACGUUUUCCGGAACAAGGCGGACAUUCAGGGCAAGCGAGCGGAUUUGGCCAAGGAGAAGCUGGUGGAGGUGCUGAAGUGCUACGAGCAGAAGAUUCAAGCCCAAACACUCGACUUGGAGCGACUUCAGGAAGCCUACGCAAGAUCGAAAGGUGAGCUGACCUCCCUAAGGAAUCUUCACCAGAAGCCGGAAGUCGUGGUGGAUAGCUUGAAGGAGUGUCAAAAACUCUUCGACGAGCUGAAGCUGCAACAUGACUCGGAAAAGACGCGUUUCGGGGCGGAAAUGGAUGCGCUCAAGGAGUCGAUUCAGGCGAAAAACGAAGAAAAUGCCCAGCUCAACGCGAAAGCGGCCGAACAGCAGAAAGUUUUCGAUCGGCAGAAGGACAUCAAUGAAGUCCUGAUGGAGAAGAACGCCGCCCUCCGGCAGUCCCUGGAGCGCGCCAAACAGUCCAAGGAGGUCCUGAAGGCACGCCUCAAAAACAUGGUCACCUGGGGCAAGGGCGUGGAGCAGCACAAGCGAUCCCAGCCCCCGGCCAGCGGAGAAUCGUGGCGCGAGCUGCAGGAGCGCAUCCGCCAACGGGAGGAGCAACUCCAGCUGCUGCAGGUCCGGCACGUCGAGGAGAUUGGCCAGCUGCAGCGCAGGUUGAAACAGCGCGAGGACACGUUGCGACGUGUGCUGGCGGAGAAGGCACAGUUUGGGCAGGUGUAACCGGAUCAGUAUGAGUUUUUACUAAAUGUUGGUAGUACAAAGCAAAGCAUCGAAUGCACUUAAUUUCUUGUUGGUAAGGAGGAAACAAUCGCGCGCGCGGAACUAGUCCAAUUGAACGCUUUAAAUAUAAUUGU